AUGACGGCGCCGGCGGACAAGGGGAAGAAGGCCAAGACCGACACCGACGUCGGCGAGGAGAACGAGCAGAUCGACGGUGCCCUCGUCCUCUCCAUCGAGAGGCUCCAGGAGAUCCAGGACGAGCUCGAGAAGGUUAAUGAAGAAGCAAGUGAUAAGGUUUUGGAGGUUGAGCAGAAGUACAGUGAGAUUCGCAGACCUGUCUAUCUUCGGAGGUGUGACAUCAUCAAAACAAUUCCAGACUUUUGGCUGACAGCGUUUCUAAGUCAUCCUCUUCUCAGUGAGCUUUUGACUGAAGAGGAUCAAAAGAUGUUCAAGUACUUGGAAUCUGUUGAUGUUGAUGAUUCUAAAGAUGUCAAGUCAGGCUACUCCAUCACUCUUAACUUCUCUGAGAAUCCGUACUUUGAAGACAGAAAGCUUACCAAGUCAUAUGCCUUUGCUGAUGAUGGAACAACCACAAUAAAUGCCACUUCCAUUAAGUGGAAGGAGGGAAUGGAAAUUAAUGGGAAUGCCAUUAAGAAGAAAGGAAGCAAGCGCCCAUUGGUUGAAGAAAGUUUCUUCACCUGGUUCACUGAUACAGAGCACAAGAGCCUUGCUGACGGGGUGCAAGAUGAGGUGGCAGAGAUCAUCAAAGAAGAUUUGUGGCCGAACCCAUUGAAAUAUUUCAACAAUGAGGUUGAAGAGUUUGAAGGAGAUGACGAGGAUGAAGAGGGAUCUGAUGGGGAGGAUGCUGAGGAGGAUGAGGACGAGGAGAACUGA